AUGUUGAAAGUGCAGGGGAUUCCCUUGCCAACCACAAAUAUUCCUGAUACUCAUAUUUGGGGACCCACCCCAGUGAAAGUCCGUCUUCAAGUGGACCUAUGUCAUGAUAAGGGCUCUCCUCUUCAAGGAGCUUCUCCCCUUCCCCGUUCCCCCACCCUCCCUCCUACUCUUGUAGCCUGGGAGCCUCCUCCUCCAUCCAUCUUCAAGCUCAACUUUGACGGUUCUCUUCGUGGUUCUGCUGCUGCUACGGGUAUAAUAAUUCGCAAUCAUCAUGGCUCUCUUCUUCAAGCUAAAGCUCUCAACCUAGGACACCCCUCAAUCCUCUUUGGGGAAGCUUCAACUUUGCAUCAAGGCCUCAUCUUAGCCACCCAGCUGGAUAUUCGAGACAUAAUUGUGGAAGGCGAGAAUUUGCAAGUUAUCAAUGCUAUCAAGAUCCUUUGGUCGGUCCCAUGGAAAAUAGCCAACAUUAUUGAAGACUCGAAGAUCCUACUCAAAGUUCAACUCAGUUCAAAUUCGUCAUGUUUUGAGGAAAGCAAAUCGAGCAGCUGA